AUGUUGUUGGACCAAUUGCGUGAUCACAUGAAUAACAUGGGAACUGUGGCCACGUCUGUGGCAUCGGUCACCACAUCCGUUGGUCAGUCGCCCGCAACCAAUAACAUGAACCACGACUCCAUCGGUCAGCCGCAGCCCAGCAAACGACUCAAAAUGAGUGAUUCAACCGACUCUAUCUUCAAUUAUCUGGAUCUAUUGCCCGAAGAGUUGUCCACUAACUCCAUGUCCAACGUUGACAACGGGCUGCUCGGCAUCAACUCAAAUACGGUGACCACUGCUACGGCCAACACAUCGACUCUGUCUUCGGUGACCACAACGCCUCCACAACAACAACAACAGCCGCACCAAAACUUAUCUCAAUUGCUUCAGUCAAAGACUGUGAACAACAUCGGCCCACAGACGCCCCCUCAGCGGAUGAUGACCUCAACACUACAGCAACAGUUGGGUCUUCCGCCACAGCCCAGGCCUUCGCUGCGAUACCCGAACCAACAGAACGCCAACUCAAUACCACCCGUUCCUCAUAUGCAACUCAUUCAACAGCAACAGUAUCUGCAGCAACAACAGCAACAGCAACAACACACGCAGUUCAACGUUCAACCACCACAAGCACCGGCACAACAGAGACAAACGGCUGCAACACUUCAACAACAAACACAGUUUCGCUAUAAUAUGCCUCAAAAUCAAUCACCGGUUCAACAACAGCAACAACAACAGCAACCAGUGAUCAAUCUUCAGGCGCCGGUAACGCCACAAAUGUUACCGACCACUCAAUUAAAGCCCAAUCAGCCGCAGAUGCCGGCGGCGCCCAACACCGCCACCACAGACCCCGAGAAGCGGAAACUAAUUCAACAACAAUUAGUACUUUUACUUCACGCCCAUAAAUGUCAGCGAAGAGAACAACAACAGCGACAGAAUGGAGGCACUGAACCACAGAGACAGUGCUCUCUACCACACUGUCCAACCAUGAAGAAUGUUCUCAACCAUAUGACCACUUGUACUGCCGGCAAAUCAUGUAAUGUCGCCCACUGUGCGAGUUCUCGACAAAUCAUAUCCCAUUGGAAGAACUGCACGCGCGGUGACUGUCCCGUGUGUUUGCCGCUCAAACAGGCCUCUGACCGCAGAGCAGCCGUUACUUUGGCUCAACAGCAACAGCAAAACCUACCGACUCCUCAAAUGUCACAAUUAAUGCCAAACACAACACAAGUCCCACAAAUGCUAUCGACGCCACCGCAGCCUUCAUUGAGUACAGUGUCUAACGUAACCAAUCAGACACAGCAGCAGCAGCAACAACAACAACAACAACAGCAACAACAACAACAACAACAGCAACAACAACAACAGCAGCAGCAACAGCAACAACAACAGCAAACGCCACAAAUGCUUCAACACCAGCAGGAUAUGCAACGCGCGUACCAGGCGUUGGGCCUUCCGUUCAACAACUCAUCUCCCACUCCAUCACAACCGCAGAUGUCUUCGAACCGAUUGCAGUCGUCGUCGCCGUUCUCUCAGCCGCAGACGAAGGAAUGGCACGGAUCGGUGACUCUGGAUCUGCGUAACCAUUUGGUCCAGAAGAUAGUGCAGGCAAUCUUCCCCACACCCGACCCCAACGCCUGUCAGGACAGACGAAUGGUUAAUCUCGUGGCUUACGCUAAGAAAGUGGAGGGAGAUAUGUAUGACCAGGCGAACAGUCGGGAGGAAUAUUACCAUUUGUUGGCCGAAAAGAUAUAUAAAAUACAGAAAGAGUUGGAAGAGAAGCGACAGAAGAGACGCGAACAGAACAACAGUCUUCAGUCGCCUCAACCACCCAAUCAGAUGACGCCCACACCUAAUCAGAUUCAGCCAAUUCGUGGCCCACAGCCAAACCUGUUGGGAAUGCCGGCACAGCGUAUGACUACUGGUCUCACUGGUCAACCGCCACCCAAUGUCACGCUUUCCCAACAAUCCUUUAAUCCUCAGCAAAACAAUUCAUUAUCGCAGCAAUACUUCAUGUCUCCGAGUGGACAGUCAGCUCCAAGUGCUCAAUCACCUCAAACACCGUUUAGACCAACACUUAAUAGUGUAAACAAUAACAAUAGUAAUAAUAAUAAUAAUUUAACACUUAAUAAUAACAAUUCAAACGCCAAUAAUAAUAAUAAUUUCAUUGUAAACAACAACCAAACGGUGAGCAAUGGCUCUGCAAUACACGGUCUUUUACAGCAACCAACGCAACCAAAUACUCCUCAACCCAUCACUUCAAUCGCCACUCCACCGCCUCCUCGACCACAGUCUGUGCCCACAACUCAAACACAAGCGCCGAUCGGCCAAAAGGGACCGCAAGUGGAAUCAAUCGUUAAUAUUAAAGCCGAACCUUUGGAUGAAUUUGUGUCCAUGUCUUCAUCAAUACCAACACCUGUGACGACAACACCGUCUGUAUCAUCGGUUGCGGGCGUCAAACAAGAGCCUCCAAUCACUAACGAAACAUCCAGUGCUUCGAAUUCUAACGUCAACUCUAAUGAUGUUAAGAAAGAGACUGAAGAUAUGGUAACCAAUGAAGACAUGGUUACGACUAAAAAAGAAUUGGUGUCGUCGUCUCCGGCGGCCGCUAACGAGUCAUCCGAUAUAAAGCCAGACCUGAAACCGGCGGCACCGGUGGGUCCGACCAUUCAGGCCUCACAGAAACAAGUCGUACGUCAGGUCCAGAAGAAGAUUUUCAAACCCGACGAAUUACGACAGGCUUUAAUGCCGACACUCGAAAAGCUUUACCGUCAGGACCCGGAAUCGCUUCCAUUUAGACAACCCGUCGAUCCAACACUUCUUCAGAUUCCCGAUUACUUUGAUAUCGUUCGGCGUCCGAUGGAUCUCUCGACCAUUAAGAAAAAACUUGAUACCGGACAAUACGCUGACCCGUGGCAGUACGUGGACGAUGUAUGGCUUAUGUUUGAUAACGCAUGGCUUUACAAUAGGAAAACCUCUCGAGUCUACAGAUAUUGUACUAAAUUGUCGGAAGUAUUUGAGUCUGAAAUCGAUCCCGUUAUGCAAAGUUUGGGCUAUUGUUGUGGUAGAAAAUACGUUUUUCAGCCUCAAAUCCUAUGCUGUUUUGGCAAACAGUUGUGUACUAUUCCUAGAGAUGCAAAAUAUAUGAGUUAUCAGAAUAAAUAUACUUAUUGUUUGAAAUGUUUUUCUGAAAUUCCUGGAGAUGUGGUGACAGUUGGGGAUGCCUUCGGACUCGACCCGACGUCCAGCAGUACUCAAACCAUUCCCAAAGAGAAGUUUACUGAACACAAGAACGAUCACUUGGAUGUCGAGCCCUUCAUUGAUUGCAAAGACUGCGCCCGAAAAUUACAUCAAAUAUGUGUUCUCCAUCUCGACACCAUUUGGCCCGAAGGUUUUACGUGUGAGGGAUGUCUUCGAAGAGAUGGCCGCAGACGACGCGAUAAUAAAUAUAAUUCCAAAACAUGUAGUGCUAUACACAAAGAACUGGCGAAUUCGAAACUCGGAAUAUAUAUCGAGAAUAGAGUGAAUAACUUUUUACGUAAAAAGGAUUGCGGGGCCGGAGAGGUGUCCAUUCGAGUAGUGGCCGCUUCUGAUAAAUUUGUUGAAGUCAAGCCCGGAAUGAAAGCCAGGUUUGCAUUCGUUUAUCUCUGGAGAUGUGUUGGGGAUGCCUUCGGACUCGACCCGACGUCCAGCAGUACUCAAACCAUUCCCAAAGAGAAGUUUACUGAACACAAGAACGAUCACUUGGAUGUCGAGCCCUUCAUUGACUGCAAAGACUGCGCCCGAAAAUUACAUCAAAUAUGUGUUCUCCAUCUCGACACCAUUUGGCCCGAAGGUUUUACGUGUGAGGGAUGUCUUCGAAGAGAUGGCCGCAGACGACGCGAUAAUAAAUAUAAUUCCAAAAAACUGGCGAAUUCGAAACUCGGAAUAUAUAUCGAGAACUCUCACUUAUUGAAAAAUGCAUUUUUCCUAACGCCCCGGCCUCUCCACAGAUAUGUGGAUACAGGCGAAUGGCCGGACACAUUCCCCUAUCGGGCAAAAGCUUUAUUUGCGUUCGAAGACAUCGAUGGCACUGAUGUCUGCUUUUUUGGAAUGCAUGUCCAGGAGUACGGUUCUGAUAGCCUUCCCCCUAACCACAGACGAGUGUAUUUGGCGUAUUUGGAUUCGGUGUACUUCUUCCGACCAAAACAGUACAGGACUGCUGUGUAUCAUGAGAUACUUCUCGGGUAUUUGGAUUAUGCAAAACAAUUGGGAUAUACAAUGGCCCACAUCUGGGCCUGUCCCCCAUCAGAAGGUGGAGACGACUAUAUAUUCCAUUGCCAUCCGACCGAACAAAAGAUACCAAAACCAAAGCGAUUGCAAGAGUGGUAUAAGAAAAUGUUAGACAAAGGAAUAAUCGAGAGAAUUGUUUUGGAUUAUAAGGAUAUUCUCAAACAAGCGACUGAAGACAACUUCCGGUUUGCUUCAGAGCUGCCAUAUUUUGAAGGCGAUUUCUGGCCAAAUGUUUUGGAGGAUUCAAUUAAAGAGAUAGAAAUGGAACAACAGAAACAACAGUCAGAUUCUUCCAAGAAUAUGGAUUCACUCAACAAUUCUGGAAAUCCGACGGACGAAGAAUCCAUGGAUAUGCUCGACUGUAGUGAUAGUCAGAACAGCAAAGGCAUGGAAACAAACGGCUCGAAAGCGACCAAAGAGACAAAUAAUGGCAAUAAUUCUAAUAUAAAACAAAACAAGAAGUCGAGCGGAAACAAGAAAUCUAACAAAAAACAGAAUCAGAGGAAGAAUAACGUCCACAACGCGCGGCAUAAAAGCGGCGGAACUCCUGCUAAUCAACAACAGAAUCCACAACAGCCACAGUUGUCUGCAGCACAACAAUGGGAUUCCGAAUUGACGGCCAAAAUAUACUCAACAAUGGAUAAGCAUAAAGAAGUGUUUUUUGUUGUGCGCCUCCAUUCGAGCCAAUCGGCCGCCAGUUUGCCUCCGGUUCAAGACAUGGAUCCUCUGACUAAUUGUGAUCUAAUGGACGGGAGGGACGCCUUCCUGACACUCGCCCGCGAGAAACAUUACGAGUUCUCAAGUCUGAGGCGCGCAAAGUUCUCCAGUCUUGCAAUGCUUUAUGAAUUGCACAACAGUUCUAAUGAUAGGUUCGUCUAUACGUGCAAUACAUGCAAAAGACAUUUAGUCGAAACCCGAUAUCAUUGCACGCAAUGCGAUGACUUUGAUCUCUGUGUGGCCUGUUAUCAACGCGACGGUCACACCCAUCCCAUGGAUAAACUGGGCUUUGGAGACCUCGUGGGAGGUGUGGCCGGUGAAGACGGCGCUGUUACCGGUGCUUCAGGAGGUGUUGCGACGGGAAGUGAUUUGGACGGAAGCGGCGAGAACGCUGGCGGCGGCUCAUCGAACACAUCUCCGGGCGAAUCGCGUCGCCUAUCGAUCCAACGAUGCAUUCAGAGUCUGGUCCACGCGUGUCAGUGCAGAGACGCCAACUGUCGACUCCCAUCGUGUCAUAAGAUGAAGCGAGUCGUACAACACGCCAAGUCCUGCAAACGCAAGUCCAACCAACCCAACCAAACGGCUGCUCCCGGCUGUCCUAUAUGUAAACAAUUGAUAGCUCUCUGCUGUUAUCACGCGAAGCACUGUCAGGAAAACAAGUGUCCCGUUCCUUACUGUAUAAACAUUAAGCACAAACUGAGACAACAACAGCUUCAGCAACGCCUACAACAGGCACAGAUUCUUAAGAGACGUAUCGCCUCUAUGGCCAGUAUGUCUCAACAGUCAUCACAACCGCCUCCGACACCACAACACGACUUCAGUCCACAACAGCAACAAUCGACAUCACAACAGCAUUACAUGAAACCGGCGACCGCCACACCCCCGCCUCCCGCUGCCCUUCAAGCAGUGGCUCGCGUUCAGGAAGUUGUUGCCCGACAACAACAACAGCCACAACAGAACCCCUUAAAUAACCCAUUCCUCCGAAUGCCACAAACUGGUGGUAAACCUCAACAACAACUGAUGUCUUCAUCGGGCAAACCGUCACAAAUGCUUUCACAACAACAACAACAACAACAGCCGCAACAACUGCUUCCACAAACCAAUUCUAAUCCACAAGCGGUGCAAAUGAUGCACACGUCUGCCAAUCCAUCUCAACAAAUGCCAAUUCAACAACAAUUACAACAACAGAAUCUCUUGCCUUCCGUAAUGAACACUAAUGUUGGGCCUCAACAGCAACAACAACAGCAGCAGAUGAAUGUAGGCGUUGGACAGAUGCAGAACUCAAUUCAAGGAGGAGUGGCUCUCAACUCACUUCCAGGCAAUGCCUCCCAACAGCAACACGCGCUCCAACAGCUGUUGGCCACUCUUAAGUCUCCCGCAUCUCCUCAACAGCAACAACAACAGCAACAAUCUCAAGACCCGACGGAUAUGUUGCUCUUUCAACAGCAGAACGACUUCGGGGGCCAACAGAACCCACAGCAGAGCCAACAACAAGAGCUCACACCUCAGGACCAGUUGACCAAAUUUGUCGAAAACUUAUGA